UACAAAUUAUUUUGUUUAUAGGCGUACUUUUACAUCGGGAUAACAAUGUCUGAAACAAAAAAUAAUUAAAGUACAUUUUUAAACCACCAUUGUUAAGAUGUAUAUGCAUUUCGGGUGGUUUAAAGAGCUGCCAUGUCCUCUAGUCAUUCGGGUAUUCUGAAGAUCUGCUAACUAAGCUACAGUCGGAGAACGUGGUUUCUAUAACUCAGCUUAGGGGAAAGUCCCCGGACUAACGGCAGAAAGUGCCCUGCGUCACUGCAAGACAUGACUUAAUUGUGUAUAUCAAGCUAAGACACUUCGAGAAGUUGAGCUUGACACUUCUGAGUUGUGGUUGUCAGUACUAUAGUAAUGCAGGUGUCACUCUGACACUAACUAAAUGGGGCUCAUUCUCAGAAUGCACUUUUGCUAUUAACCUGUUGAGGAGUAGGUCACAAAUAUGUGAUUAGAAUGUUCGCGAACCGAGAGUUCCACCAGAUCCACAUCAGGUGAGGUUUCUCUCAUGUGCCUCCACACUGGCGCUGUUCUCUAGAGGCUUGUCAUCACCAUCACCAUGGACAAGAUCCUGGAGGCACUCGUGACCUCCUCACACCCGCUGCCAGUCAAGCGGGCCAUAGUGCGCAAGGUGGUGGAAGCGGCAGAGAAAGAGGUGACAGAGGAGCAGUGUCAUGCACUCUAUGCCCUCACAACACGCCUCAUCCUGCUUGGCGAGGAUGCUUUCCAGAGACAGACAGGGCAACAGGUUCAGGAAGCAUAUGCACGCUACCACCGCGAUGAAUUUGCCCGCUUUGUCAGCAAGGACUUUGUUCUGGGCCUGCUGCAGCAAGGCUAUGGGCCCCUGGACCGGCACCACCCGGCGCUCAUCGACUUCCUCCACGGCUGCCUUCGCCUGCUCAUCAGCUGCCCGGCUGUGCUGGAGGUGGCGGCAGCGCUCCAGACGGAGGUCCUGCGCCUGGUCUGCGAGCGACCCAAGCCCGUGCUAUGCGCCCGCCUAGCGGCGCUGCUCGCUGACUUCCCACAGUGCGUUCCCCGUGACAAGGGCCAGGGGGCGCUGUUCUGCCAGCAGCUGGUGCGCACCAUGAGCCACUUCCAGUGCACCACCAGCCAGGAGAAGGACCUGAGGGAGUUUGUGGCGCAGGUGAACCGCGUCAGCGAGCUGCUGCAGGGCAUCUGGAAGGCCGAGCCUGCGGCCCUGCUGCCCUCUCUGCAGGAGGUGUUUGCCAUCAUCUCCUCCACAGACCCUGCAUUUGAGCCGUCCAUCUCUCUGGCCAGCCUGGUGCAGCACAUCCCCCUGCAGAUGAUCGCCGUGCUCAUCAAGAGCCUCACCACUGACCACAACGUCAAAGACGCCAGCAUGACCAAGGCCCUCUGCAGGAUGAUUGACUGGUUGUCCUGGCCCCUCGCUAACCAUGUUGAUACCUGGGUCAUCGCUCUACUGAAGGGACUGGCCUCAGUGCAGAAGUUCACUAUCCUCAUAGAUGUCACCUUGCUCAAAAUUGAACUGGUCUUCAAUCGUCUGUGGUACCCCAUCGUGCGGCAGGGGGCUCUGGUGGUUCUGUCCCACAUGCUCCUGAGUUUCCAACACUCCCCAGAGGCUUUCCACCUGGUGGUGCCCCAUGUUGUCCAGCUGGUUCAGAGCCUGCGCGGUGAUGGCCUGCCAACUAGUAAGGCCUUCCUUCUACAGUUUACGGAGCUCAUCCACUGCAUGAUGUACCAGUAUUCUGGCUUUCCAGAUCUCUACGACAGCAUCCUGGAAGCCAUUAAAGACCUACCUAAGCCAAGUGAGGAGAAGAUCAAGCUGAUCCUGAACCAAAGUGCCUGGACAUCCCAGUCCAACUUGUUUGCCCCGGGCCUAAUGCAGCUAGCUGGGAAGUCUGAGACAGGGAAGACGGGCCUGGUGAACCUGGGCAACACCUGCUACAUGAACAGCGUCAUCCAGACCCUCUUCAUGGCCACCGAUUUCAGGCGGCAUGUGUUAUCACUGCAGCUGAACGGCAGCAAUACUUUGAUGAAGAAACUGCAGCUCCUGUUUGCGUUUCUGGCUCACACACAGAGAGCGGCAUACGCACCCAGGAAUUUCUUUGAGGCCUCCCGCCCUCCCUGGUUUACUGUAGGCUCUCAGCAGGACUGCUCUGAGUACUUGCGCUUCCUUUUAGACCGGUUACAUGAGGAAGAGAAAGCACUUCGAGCCCUGGCAGAGGCUAAGCCAAAGCACAGUGAGGUCUCUCCAUCUGAUCAGUCCCUUAACGCUGGUGCUGACCAGUCCCUUAGCUCCACCCAAGACGCUGGUGCUGACCAGUCCAUUAGCUCCACUCAAGACGCUGGUGCUGAGCAGUCCAUUAGCUCCACUCAAGACGCUGGUGCUGCGCAAACCCCCCACGCUGCCCCUGAUGGCGGUCCGGUGACCGACGGGCCGACCCUGGUGGAGCGCAUGUUUGGCGGACGCUUGUCCACGGGCAUUCGCUGCCUUCGCUGCCACAGUGUGUCCGAGAAGGAGGAGCCAUUUACUGACCUCUCGCUGGCCUUCUGCCCGCCCCAGGAUCAGCCCCAGCACAGCCCGCAAUGCGGCGGCGUCAAUGGCGGCGGCGAGACCGUGCCACUGGAGAUAGGCCCCGUCACGCGGGACGGGGUCGGACCUGGCGCCGGCCGUCACAGCCCCCCACCUCCGGUGCGGACCGGGCCACCGCUUGCGCUGCCCGACCUGGUGGACUAUCUGCUGGCGCCGGAGAUCCUGGAGGAGGAGAACUGCUACUUCUGCGAGCGGUGUGGCUCGCUCCAGCGUGCCGAGCGGGGCGUGCGUGUGGUGGCGGCGCCCGAGUACCUCAUCCUCACGCUGCUGCGCUUCUCGUACGAUGCCGCGCGCCAGCUACGCCGCAAGAUUGUGGACGACGUGCGCGUUCCGCUGUGCAUGCGCCUGCCUGUCCACCUGGAGCACGCACAGCCUACUCCUCGGCACCAACAGGAGACGGCGCCGGCAGCGGCACCCUCGCGCUGCGUGCUGACCGCCACGCGCUCGCCUGACAGCGGAGAGAACCAGGCCAAGAAGCUCAAGCCAUCGCAGAGAGAGGAGGACGAGCGAGGGGGGGCGGGGGAGACCCGGGGGGUGAGGAAGACUCGCGGGAACGUCAACAGAGGAGCACCCGUGAUGGACGCGCCAAGAGAAGACGAAGAGAGCAAAACCGAGGUGCAGACUUUUUCUUACGUUCUGACCUCCGUUGUGAUGCACUCGGGGAUUUCCUCUGAGAGCGGCCACUACUACACGUACGGCAGAAACAUGAGCGCCGUCGAUUACGAGGACAGCUCCCCCUGCACAGCCAAUCACCUCACGCCUUCCAGCGGUGAACAGGAAGGACUCGGCUGCACCAGCCAAUCCGAACUGGCCUCGGGCAGUGGCAAGGCGGAGGGGUCACACGACCCGUCGGCCAGGGACUGGAUCCUGUUCAAUGACAGCAGGGUGACCUUCACAACCUUCAAUUCGGUGCAGAACGUUACCAGCCGCUUCCCGAAGGACACCGCCUACGUGCUCAUCUACCGGAGACAGGGCUCCAGCGAGGUGCCCCAAGGCAGUGGGGUCCCCACCAACGGCCUGAGGCCUGGCGUUGAACCCCCACUCCAGAAGGAGUUGAUGGACGCCAUCACCAAAGACAACAAACUCUACCUGCAGGAGCAGGAGCUGACCGCACGCACACGAGCCUUGCAGGCCGCCUCGGCCUCCUGCUCAUUCAAGCCCAACGGCUCAGACGACAACGAACCCCCCGGGAGCUGCGGCCCGUCAGGUGGAGGAGGAGGCGGCGGAGGAGGAGGAGGAGGCUUCAACACUGUCAGCAGGCUGGUGUUCUGAGAACCAUGAGUGGAUGUUCACACACACCAGAUGAACUGGGACACACUGGACUCAAAAGCUUUCCCACCCAUCACACUGGACCCAGUGUUUUUGUUUUGCUUUCUUGCGAACAGUAAGUUAAAUGACCCCUGACCUCAAAUUUUGGAGCCAUGAUGGACUCCUCAGCCACUCUCCCCCCUCACCCUCUAAACCUGCGAUUUCUUUGGAGUGCAUGCAUUUUUCUUCCUUUCUUUCUUUGCUUUUUUUUAGGAGAAGUUCAGACUACUUAAAUGCAAAGUUACAACUUUAUUUCCCUGAUGCACACACACAUCAUAGGGAAUUACAUUUUGCAAUGCAAUAAAUCAGUGCAUUAUAAUACAAUGCAACUCAGAUCUCCUCUGAAACAUCAUGAAACUU